AUGUUCAAGCUCUUCACUCUGGGAAUCGUCCUCUGCCUUCUGGCACCCUCUCAUGGCACCUGCGGAUCCUGCGGCACUGUGGUGAGAGUCAAGCGGGAAGCUCUGGAAUACGCCUGUCAGGAGGGGAGACCGUUUCUGCUGAAGGGCCUGCUGGCCAUACAGAUCCCAGGUUAUAAGCCCGGAUUUCUUCUCGGAGGACUUCUGAAUGUCAUUGGGAUCAAAAUCUUGGAUGUUCAGCUUCCACACCUCACUGUGAAGCUUAUGAAAAACACUGGCGUCCAGGUUUCUUUAAGCAGCCAAUUCCACAUCAAAGGUCACAUCGUGGAAUUGAAAGUGGGAUCAUCCAUUCUGCUUGAUGUCCGCAUCAUGCGCAGCCAACAUGGCUUCCCCAUCUUGAGUAUUACCGCUUGCAAAUCCGUGUUGGGAGACGUGCAGAUUCUUGUUGGUGGAAACAAUUUACUUGGCUUCCUGAAGCCUCUUCAGAACCACAUCCGGGCUGUGUUGAUUGACAAGAUGUGUCUGAGCGUCUCCAAUGUGGUGUUGGGGCUGAACGCCAAGCUGGGCACCAUGGUUGGUCUGAACACCAUCAACUCCAGGUCUCAGUUCCAGUACGCCAUGCUGGAAGAACCUGAGAUCACCGAAGAAUACAUCAACCUUUAUAUGGACGAUUCCUUUAAGGUGAUGGGGAAGCCCAUAGAAGAUGCUGGCCCCGCGCCCCCUUUCUCCUUGCCGCCCCAGGAGACGGUUUCCGAUGACUCCAUGGUGAACAUGGGGCUCUCCAGCGACGUGUUCGAACAUUUCUUUCUAGCCCUGGAAAAAUCGGGAGCCUUCAACCUUAACAUCGGAGGACAGUCGGGCUCAGGAGACGUCCAUCUCACCACCUCCACGCUGCAAUCGGCCAUACCCUCGCUGGCCCACCGGUACCCCAAUGCUGUUGCCGUCUUUCUCAAUGUGGUCCUCGCCAAGCGUCCCAUUGUCACCCUUAAAGAAGGCAGAGCCACACUGACCCUCAGUCCGGCCAUCGAGGUGGGCGUGGCCUCCUCCAGCUCCAGCUCCUCCUCCGAGAUCCUCUGCACUCUCGACGCGGUGGUGAGCUUGUCUCUCGAACUGCGCGUCACAGCGACUAGUGUCGGGGUCUCGGCUGGCUUGCAGGGAGCAAUCGGUCUGGAGGUGGCUUCUUCCAGUGUGAAGGACAUACAGGUGGCACAGAUGAGAGAAAUAAUUGCUUCGGAGAUACAGGACAUUUUUCUGGCUAAGAUAAACGCUGUUGUGGGCAUCGGAAUUUCUCUCCCCAAGAUAGCGAAUAUGGAGUACAUCAAACAGGAGAUAGAGUUGCAUGAGGACUACGCGCAAGUCAGCUGCGACCUGGACUACGUGCACUGA